AUGCUUCAAGCUGAGAACGACGAAGAGGUCGCCACUUUCAUUAUAAAGCCCAAUAAGUACCAGAACGAAGAGAAAAUACCCAACGUUGACAUCGAUGCCGAAAUGGCAAAGCUCAUCGACGUCAAAAACCAUCCUACGGGAGAAUUGCGUGAGUCUCUAGGGUAUGGGCCGGUUAUUAUGCUUCUGUCGUGCCUAGUACCAAGCAUAGAUGAGGUUGCACUAUGUGACAGCAUAGAUUGCGGCGACUGA